AGACUCGAGAGGGGCACUCCUCAGUUGAGUCCCACAGUGCACUUGGGAAAGCAGGGGCGGAAUCUGCAGCUGUCACUCCAAAGGUUUACCUCUGUGAUCACAUCCAGGACCAGGACCAGGAGCUAAACCCCCAUAAGGUAGCCAUGGGAAACAAAUUAACGAAGAAGAAGAAGAACACCUACGAUGUGACUGAUCCCAAAGAAGCAAAGAACGACAUUGCAGCAGUAGCAGCAGCUCAGGUAGCAGCGAAAGUUGAGGAGACCCUUCCUCCUCUGGUGGAGGAGGUGACGGCUAAAGCUGUGACUGCGGUGGAGGAGGCUGUCGGUUCAGCAGUGACUGCAGUGACUGAAGCUGUGGGUCUCACAGAGAAACAUAAACAUGGACCAGAACCAGCUGCACCAGAGGAACCACCUGCAAAAGAGGAACCUGCUCCAACACCUGAACCCGAGCCUGCUGCUCCAGUAAAAGAACCAGAACCAACCCCUGAACCAGAGCCGGUUAAAGAACCAGAACCAGAGCCGGUGAAAGAACCAGAGCCAGAGCCGGUGAAAGAACCAGAACCAGAGCCGGUGAAAGAACCAGAGCCAGAGCCGGUGAAAGAACCAGAACCAGAGCCGGUGAAAGAACCAGAACCAGAGCCGGUGAAAGAACUAGAGCCAGAGCCGGUAGAAGAACCAGAGCCAGAGCCGGUAAAAGAACCAGAGCCAGAGCCGGUUAAAGAACCAGAACCAGAGCCGGUAAAAGAACCAGAGCCAGAGCCGGUAAAAGAAUCAGAACCAACCCCAGAACCAGAGCCGGUUAAAGAACCAGAACCAGAGCCGGUGAAAGAACCAGAACCAGAGCCGGUGAAAGAACCAGAGGCAGAACCAGAACCAGAGCCGGUCAAAGAACCAGAGCCAGCUGCAGAGCCAACCCUUGAACCAGAGCCAGUGAAAGAACCAGAGCCGGUACCAGAACCAGAGCCGGUAAAAGAACCAGAGUCGGUGGAAGAAACAGAACCUGAGCAGGUAGCGGCACCAACCCCAGAACCAGAGCCAGAAAAAGAACCAGAACCAGUGGAAGAGCCAUUACCGGUGGUGGUAGCAACCCCUGAACCAGAACCAGAGCCGGUGACAGAACCCGAAUCCACCCCUGAACCAGAGUCUGUGGCAGAACCAGCACCAGAGCCAGUGGAAGAAACAGAGCAGGUGGCAGAACCAGAGCCAGUGGCCGCUCCAGCUCCUGAAUUAGAAGAAUCACCAACAGCAGCCAAAGAAACGCUCAUUUCUGUAGAAGAACCAAAAGAGGAUGAUGGAGUAGUGCCACCUGAGGAACCUGUGUUGGUGGUGGAGGAUCCAGCUGAACCAGAGGAACCUGCGGCAGAAGAAGAUGUGAAAGAGCCAGUGGCAGCUGCAGAUGGACUAGAAACCAAGGAGGUCCAAAAGGCCGAGGUCUUUGAGGAAGAGUCUCCAGAAGUUGUUGCACAGGAAUCUUCUGGGACUGAGGCGGCUGCAGAAACAGUUCCAGAGAUUGUGGUUUCAGAAACUGUCUCUGGAUGUGAAAUCCCUGCUGAGGCCGAGGAGCCCACAAAACCCUCAGCAGAGAUUGAAAAUGGAGAAUUAGAAGGCCCUGUUGUUGCAAUCACAGAGGUGAACGGAGAGUGUGCAGAGUCCACCGACACCACUACUGAACAGACAGAGGAAUGUGUUAAUGGCAGCGAAAGCCCAGAGGAAGUACCUGUCACUAAGACGGACUUGGAACUUAAAAAGGACAUAAGUUUGAGCGGAGAAGUCGCAGAGGUUCAUGAUGCAGUGUCUAACAUUGUGGAGGGUCUCAGCAGCACUGAAAUCACCCAGGCUGUCUGAAACCAUGCAAUUAUUUAGUCAAAAUGUGAAAUCAAUUUAAUCCUUCAGUGGUGCGAGAGAGCCAUUAAGGUAUCACAAAUACGGCUGAUGUAUCGUGGUAUCCCAGGCCAUAUUCCUUUUAAAUACCAAAUCAAAUGCGACCAUUUGAGGACAGACAGACGAGGGAGGGUAAAUUGGAGAGGUCAGGACAGAAAGUGAUCCAAUCAGCAGAGUGAAAGUGUUGGACAGUCAUACUAAUGAAUUUCAUGUCUUUGAGUGCACGCCAGCAGGAUAAUCUGCCUUUUUGAGAACAGCAUUCAUUAAAAGUUUGUUAUUCUGUUUUAGAAGUUCAUACUGUAUAUUCUUACUAUAAACUAUAUGCAGAGACAUGAAAUACUGUGUUGGGCUUUUAUAAAGAUGUGCCUGUGAGGAUUGUUAAGUUUAAAUUGAUUGUUCGAAUAGAGAAUAAAAAGAGAUUGUUAUAUCCUA